UGAGGUUUCAACUAGUUUUUCUGCAUUCCAUGGUUGAUAUUGUUGUGUAUGCAGUCGCAUUUGAUUGCGGUUGAUUUUGUUAGUGGUUGUCGUGUUUUUUCGAUUUUAAAAUGAGUGCUCGGGGCUGCGAGCAUUUCGAGCGGUACAAAAGCAACCCAAAAAACAUGGACAGCUUGAAAUGGACGCAUAUGGUGUUUGUCGUCGGCAACAGUUGUGAAGCAAAAGCGCUGAAAAUAUGCAACGUAUACUGUCGCGCUUGCAAAAAACGGGGCCCGUCCAUGCAUGUGUGUCUCGAUUGCUACUAUUUCGGCUGUCGCAAUCAUAUGAGAGAGCACACGGCGGUCGAAGGCCACUUGUUCUCCAUGGACCUUUCAUACGGACAGCUGCACUGCACUCCCUGUGGUGAUUACAUCUACGACGCCGCUUUCGACGCGAUCGCGUGGAAAAAUAAAAUGAGAGCUGGCAGGUUCAAAAAGAGAUUAUUCGACUGCACAUCAUGGGAUCCCACGGACGAGGAGAGGCAGCUCCUCGCACACAGAACCGAAAGAAUAUGCAUUGGUCCAGAUUCAAUGAUGGGUUUGAGAGGAUUAGUGAACAUGGGUUCAACUUGUUAUUUGAACUGUAUUGUGCAAGCGCUUAUCCACACUCCCCCACUGAGGGAUUAUUUUCUAGCUGAAAGGCAUAAAUGUAAAGGUGUAUCGGGAGAUGACGGCUCAAAAUUGGCCUAUGUGUCGCAACUGUUCCAGGAGUUCUAUAAAGGAUCAACGAUUCCAUUGGCCCUCCCUGACUUAUUGAAUUUGACAUGGUCCGAAGCCCCGCACCUAGCGGGGUGUGUACAGCAAGACGCCCAUGAGUUUUUUAUAGCCAUCUUGAACGUGUUGCAUAAACACUGUUCUGAAACGGUUGUGAAACCCACGCCUAUCAAUGCUUGUCCCUGUAUCAUUCAUCAAAUAUUCACGGGACAUCUACAAAGCGACGUGGUUUGCCAAAAUUGCAAUGGCGUCUCUACGAAGAUUGAGUUGAGCUGGGAUUUUUCGCUCGAUUUGGGGCCGGUCACAUUAAACGGCAGACCGCCGUGCUCCCUUGCCGACUGCCUGGAAAGGUUCACUAGCGUAGAACAUCUGGGCAAGCGCGAAAAAAUCUUUUGCGAAAAUUGCGGCUCGAACCAGGAAUCGACCAAGCAAUUUACGAUGAAAAUGCUGCCCAUCGUCGCCAUUUUCCACCUGAAACGUUUCGAACACCUGGAGAACGGUGGGCGAAAAAUCACCACAUCGAUUUCGUUUCCGGAAAUGUUGGAUUUGACGCCGUUUAUGAGUAGAAGGAAAAACCGCACCGCUUUUCCAUUCGAUAAUCGCUACUCUCUAUUCGCGGUCGUCAAUCAUUGCGGCUCGAAUUUCAGUGGCGGCCAUUACACUGCUUUCGUUAGGCAACAGCAAGAUUACUGGUACCAAUGCGACGAUACGUUCGUGACGCGAGCGAAACUGAACGAGGUGUUAAAUUCGGAAGGGUACAUCCUGUUUUACCACAAACACGUCUUAGAGUACGAGUAAAAGGUGUAAUUUAUUUUCCAAAUAAAAUUACGUCAAUUGGAAAGAGUCCAGUUCCUUUGUUCUUCCCCAUACAAUAAUAUAUCCUCUCUCGGAGCAAACUUUCUAAAGUAAUUAGUAAUGAAGUUUUUCAUUAGUAAUGAAGUUUUUGUUUUUUCUAUUAUGCUGUUACACCUAUAGGUUUUGGUAAUAGGAUCUUUCAUAAAGGGACCCGACCUAAACGACAAGUGGCCUUGGAAAUGUCAUAUUCUUUAAAGACAGAGUCUCAAUAUUAUAUACGGUUGGAGUAUGCAAUAUGCCCAUAACUUUAUAGCACACCCGCUUAGAUUAGGUCCCAAUAGUACUCAUACUAUUAUCGAUUGGGCCU